AUGUCGGCACUGCAGACUUUUAUGCUGGUGGUGGAUCAUGACAAAGAAGAAGCCAAGCGCAUCGCUGACAGCGUCGCCCAAGAUGUCGAAGGGAAGAAGACUACAUUGAUUGAAAUUGUUCAGCAACUUGGCGAAUAUAUCAAUGACGAGGACCCAAUUCUGCGCGGGAAGGCGGUUUCCUUCCUCACCUCCGUUAUCAAGUCCCUCUCGCCCCGCUACCUGUCGCGACAACAGAUCCAGGUUCUGACGACGUUCUUUUGUGAUCGGAUUGAAGAUGGCGGUGCGGUUGCGGGACUGGAUACUUUGCAGAGAUUGGAUCGGUUUACCAAGGAAUUGGCUGCGGAGACGGCACAAUCACUGUUCUCCAACUUCCAGGACCUACAGUCACGGUCUCAGUCGCAGCGUUUCCAGGUCUAUCAGCUACUGAACGAGCUGAUGUUGAAGCACCGGAAGGCACUUCGCGAUAUGGACGAGAUCUCUCUCGUCGGCGUCGUCGACAUCAUGGCCGGUGAGAAGGACCCGCGCAAUUUGAUGGUGGUGUUCUCUAUCUUAAAGGUCAUCAUGAUGGAAUGGAAUAUCACCAAUCAUGUCGAGCUUCUCUUCGACUCGGUCUUUAAUUAUUUCCCCAUUACCUUCCGACCUCCCCCGAAUGAUCCAUACGGCAUCACAGCACAAGACCUUAAGGGCCGCUUGCAGGACUGCCUUUCUUCCACAAGCCAACUCGCUCCACACACUAUCCCGGCGUUGCUCGAUAAGCUGGAUUCGACGUCGCCAAACGUGAAGAAAGAUGCACUCAACGCCCUCAUUGCGUGCAUUCGCUCUUAUGAUCCAAAUACCGUGUCCCGGUUUUCCAUCACUGUAUGGGAGGUCCUCAAAUUUGAGAUCCUCAAUGCCCAAGAAGAAUUUUUGUCCGAGUCAUCUUUGGAGGCUCUGCAAAGUAUUGCACAACGCCUUUCCGAGGGUGUCACACAAGUCACGCAAGACCUGCCCCUCGCACAGUUCCUCCGUCCCAUCACCAAGGAAUGCAACGAGCAAUUGCAAGAGCCCCAGCAGAAGCAAGCGAAGCCCGCGCAGCAAAUCCUCGGUGCCUUGUCAUCCGCUUCGCCAAUCACUUUCACACUCGUUGUUCAGGCUGUUGUCGCCCCAAUCUUCACCGUCUACCAAGAAGCAGAUGGCAUUGUGAAGCAAAGGGCCCUCCUCGAGACUCUGUCUGUGCUCUUUGAGUCCGCCAUCCAAGUAUUUGGUCAGUGGACAACCCGUGGCAAUGAACUGGCUCUUGAGAACCCGUUGAUCGAGUUCAAGGACCAAUUCUCAGACGUCCUUGGCCAGGCCUUGAUGGGUGCAGCGAAAGAAGAGGUUUCCUUCCGAGCUACUGCGCUCAAGGGAUUCCUGCGGUUAUCUACUUUGCGGGACUUCUUCCAAGACAACGAGGUCGGCUUGUUUGUACAGUAUCUCGAUGAAAUCCUUCUGAAGGAAGAGUCCGUCGGCCGAGAUGACUUGAAGAAGGAAGCCAUUGCGGCUCUUGCGGAAAUUUCCAAGCACAAGCCUCGUCUGAUCAUGGACAUCACAUUCCCUGCCUUCGUGGCGACUCUACCAGACGAGGACGAUGACACGAGCUCGGCAUAUCUUUCCACUCUUGACACGCUGGCUAAGAUUAGCGUUGAGCGGGAUAUCUUUGAGACGUUGUUCCGUCGGCUGUUUAGCAAGCUGUCCAUACUCCUUCAAAAGGAACAGCCCGGAUCUGUGGCGUAUCCUCGGGCUAUCUUGAUGACACUUCUCUAUGUUAUGGACCAAAGAGCUAUGGACUCUGAUCCCAAUGUGGACCUUUAUUUCGAAAAGAUCGUGAUCGGUUUGUCUCGCAGUGUGGCAGAGUCUGCUUCCGGGAAGGCGAAGAAUCAAAUUUUGAAUGAUCCUUCUAUUCUCGAUACUCUUGGCCGACUAUGCAACCUUCUGGUGCGAUCUAUCUCAGUCCAGAAGCAAGAACAGGUUGCCGAGAACAUUUACAGUCUGUUCGCGCCCGCAACAGACUUUACACCUGUGCCCUUUUCUCAAAAUUCCACGGCCGACCAGGAACGAACCAUCAUAAUCUCAACCUAUCUUCUUGCAGGCUUGUCCAAGGACGUCAGCGAUCGUAUUCCCCAUACCUCUCCCGAUGUUUCGGGCUUGCUUUCGGACCUGGUGCAGCGCUCGGUGUACGACAGCACAGAACCAGCCACCCACCUCGCAUUCCUGCGCCAUCUGGCCUUGCUUGUGAACAAGUUCUUGUCAAAGCAGGACAUCAGCAUCGCGGAGAAGCUCUUUGACUCGUUGAUUUCCCAGCAAUGCCAGGCCUUUAGCCCUGGCACGAUCCGCACGGUCUUCUGGCUCUCUAAAUCUCUGGUUCUGCGCCUUGCUCCGACUACUACUCACAUCCUCACUUCGCUGCUGGGACUCUUGUCUUCACCAGACCAGCAGACCAGCAGCUCCGCUGCCCGUGGCUUUGCCAUCCUUCUCGGCGAAGACGAUGUGCUUUCCGCCACCAAUGGUGCCCAAAUUCGCUUGCUUGCCAAGCAGCGUGUUUUCACAACAGUCAUUCCGCUGAUCUCAUCUCGAAUCCGCGAGGUCAAUGUUGCGGGCACCGAGGAUGCCCCUCAAGUCGAUCACAUCAAGCCUGCUCAUUUGACCGCUCUUGCUGGCAUCCUGUCCACCAUAUCCACCGCCCUGGUUAUGCCAGAGCUCCCCACUUUACUUCCACUUCUCCUCCAGUCGCUCGACCUGCAGACCGUGGACUCAGUCGCCGUACGCGCCGCGACAUUGGAUACGCUGAGCGUGAUCAUCCGCGACAAUGGAGUCGUCGUGAUUGACCAGUGUGGACACGUCCACAGUCUCGUACAAAGGCUAUUGAAGACAACCGAGAUCCGGACUGGAACGGGUGUUGUCAAUACCCCUCGUCUUCGCGUUGACGCUCUGAAGUGUCUAUACUUGUUGGCCACGAAGCAAAUCGUCACCGAAACCGCGUCCAAUGCUCGUGCUCCGCCUUCCAUAUCCCCUCUGCUUCCCGAGAAGAACCAUGUACUGCGGUCUCUGCGCUUCGUCUUGGAUGAUCCCAAGCGUGAUGUGCGGAAGGCAGCCGUUGAUGCUCGGAGUGCGUGGCUGCGCGGAGUGGACGAUGCGCCGGAAGAUGAAGAAUGA